AUGGUCAGCACUAGAUCAGUCAGGGUACAACCCCCCUCAGAGGGAGGUCCCGUCGGAGCCGACGAUCCGUCCGUAGGAGAUCCACCUCCUUCAGACGACGAUGGCGAAGACGACGACGACGCAGGAACGGAACCCAGCAACGGCUCCAGUCUUCCAGCACAAGUCAUUCGCGUCCAUCAAACUCCACGCUUUUCCAUCUCACCCAGUCUCUCGCAGGGACGUCGGGCGAUAUUGGACUACAGCAUUCCGAAGAUCGCGAAGCUUUAUGUUUCGGCAACGAAGCCGCUCUCGAAAACUGAAUUCGACAUCAAGGCAGGUGCUCUCACACCUCUACUUUCGAGCCUGGCACUCAGGGCUCGAGAGCACGGACGGCAUGGACACGGAAGUAACGGAAUUCUCAAAAUUCCAAAUAACAUCACUAUUCCGAACGGCGCCAGCAAGUUGCUCAUCAAGGAAUACGGUCAAAUCUCCCUUCCCCACAUCCGCAACUAUGUCGGUACAUUUGCGAACACCGAAACUCGCGAAGUCCAAGAUGAUGAGGCACUCUACCAGUGCUUGAAAGUAUCGCUCACGCACGAAGCAAUGGCGAAAAUCGAUCUCUACGAAACUGAAUGGACGGUUGCAGGUGAGCCAUCUGGAGUCGCAAUGCUCAAGGUAAUCAUUCGACAAGCAUACAUUGAUACGAAUGCGACGACAAUGCAUGUGUGCACGAAACUUAGCAAGCUUGACUCAUACAUGGAGUCUCUCGCGGAACACAAUGUUACUCUUUUCAAUGAGUAUGUUUAUGAGCAGCUCCACGCUCUGACAGCUCGCGGCGAACAAACUCUUGAUUUACUUCCGAAUCUUUUCAAAGGAUACGAAGCGGCCAAGGAUACGCAAUUUUUGGAAUACAUCCGCAAGAAGAAAGCCGAAUUUGAGGAGGGAACAGUCUUUUUGGAGCCGGAAAUUUUAAUGUCGCAAGCAUCUAUCAAAUAUCGAACUUUGGUGGAGAAAGGAGAGUGGGAUGCCCCAUCCGAAAGCGAAGCGAAGAUUCUAGCUCUAACUACCCAAGUCAAGGAACUUCAGGCAAAGAAGUCAGAGAAACCUAAGUCUAAAGCUAAGGGUGACUCAAAAGGGAAGAAGAAGAAAGGGAAGAAAUCCGAUAAACCGAAAACGGACAAGUAUGCUUCACUAAAGAAGCCAAGCGCGUCGGAACCUCACACGAAGACUUUUGAUGGAGACAAGAUUAAGUUCUGUACUAACCACCAAGCUUGGGGCAUGCAUUUGGCAAGCGAAUGCAAGGGAUACGGACUCGAAAAGGAUUCCAAUGGAAAACCAAUUCCAAAAGGAUCUGAACCUAAUGCCACAGACAAGAAAGGCCCGCCCUCAAAGUUGCAUGCCGCAAUCAUGCGGAUGAGCAAGGCCCUAACAACCAAAAUCGAGAAGGCCAAGACCAAAGAAUGA